ACAGGUCUUCAAAGGCUGGGAGUGUUGCUGAACACAGCUGAUGCCACUCCUGUUUUCUAGACCAGAGAAAUCUGGGCAUGUCCAUGCGAGUGGAGCGCUCGACGCUGGACCAGGUAAAGAAACGCUUUGAGGUGAACAAGAAGAAGAUGGAGGAGAAGCAGAAGGACUAUGACUUUGAGGAGAGAAUGAAGGAACUCCGCGAGGAGGAGGAGAAGGCCAAAGCCUACAAGAAGGAGAAGCAGAGAGAGAAGAAGAGGCGGGCGGAGGAAGAGUUGGCGUUCGAAGAGGACGAUGAAAUGGCGGCUGUGAUGGGUUUCUCCGGUUUCGGCUCAACCAAGAAGAAUCACUGAGCAGCUCUGGACUCUCCUCUUCCUUCAACCAGGUUGUUUUUACCCCGGGGACUCUGGAUAACAGACUUGAUUGAGGACUUGUGUGUAAAUCUCCCCGUAAAAGUCGGCUGGAGGAGCCGAAAAGCGAUUCCGUGCUCUACCUGUGCUGCAGAACGAGCUCCGCCUGUCCUUAUCUUCCCACCUCCUUCUGUGUCCUGGAUCCGGCUCGUC